AGCAUCGGGCAAAGCGGGGCCCGAAGCACUGGCAGCCACACACCCCUGCCUCUGGGCCAGUGGUCCCCAUGUCAGCCCCGAGGCUGCUCCUGCCGCUACUCCUCGUGGCUGGGCUGACUUCAGGGGCCAGCCUGCUGCAGGGGCCUGGAAGCCACCCAGGUGUGUGCCCCAACCAGCUCAGCCCCAACCUGUGGGUGGAUGCCCAGAGCACAUGUGAACGCCAGUGCGUCGGGGACCAGGACUGCUUGGCCACUGAGAAGUGCUGCACCAACGUGUGCGGGCUGCAGAGCUGUGUGGCUGCCCGCUUCCCGGAGGGUGGCCUGGCUACACCUGCGCUGGUGGCCUCGUGUGAGGGCUUCUCAUGCCCGCAGCAGGGCUCUGACUGCGACAUCUGGGACGGGCAACCUGUGUGCCGCUGCCGUGACCGCUGUGAGAAGGAGCCCAGCUUCACCUGUGCCUCAGAUGGUCUCACCUACUACAAUCGCUGCUACAUGGAUGCAGAGGCCUGCCUGCGUGGCCUCCGCCUGCACGUCGUGCCUUGUAAACAUAUCCUCAGCUGGCCACCCAGCAGUCCAGGGCCACCUGAAACCACUGCCCGCCCGACGCCUGGGGACACCCCAGUGCCACCUGCCCUCUAUAGCAGCCCUUCUCCACAGGUGGUGUAUGUGGGGGGCACUGCCAGCCUCCACUGUGAUGUCAGUGGCCGUCCACCACCUGCUGUGACCUGGGAGAAGCAGAGUGACCAGCGGGAGAACCUGAUCAUGCGGCCAGACCAGAUGUAUGGCAACGUGGUGGUCACCAGCAUUGGGCAGCUGGUGCUUUACAACGCCCGGCCCGAGGAUGCUGGCCUCUACACCUGCACUGCACGCAACGCUGCCGGCCUGCUGCGGGCUGACUUCCCGCUCUCCGUGGUGCAGCGGGGUCCAGCCAGGGACGGGGCCCCCAGCACCCCUGCUGAGUGCCUGCCCAGCACACAGGCCUGUGCUGGCCCGCUCUCUGGCCGUGUCCUGUGGCACUUUGACCCACAGCGGGGUGGCUGCAUGACCUUCCCAGUUGGCAGCUGCGAUGGAGAUGCCCAGGGCUUUGAGACCUAUGAGGAGUGCCAGCAAGCCUGUGCCCGCGGACCCGGGGAUAACUGUGUGCUGCCAGCCGUGCAGGGCCCCUGCCAGGGCUGGGAGCCACGCUGGGCCUAUAGCCCGCUGUUGCAGCAGUGCCACCCCUUCGUGUAUGGUGGCUGUGAAGGCAAUGGCAACAACUUUGAGAGCCAAGAAAGCUGUGAGGAUGCCUGCCCCGUGCCACGCAUGCCGCCUUGCCGGGCCUGCCGUCUCAGGAGCAAGUUGGCGCUGAGCCUGUGCCGCAGUGAUUUUGCCAUUGUAGGGCGGCUCACAGAGGUACUGGAGGAAUCCGAGGCAGGAGGAAGUAGCAUCGCCCGCGUGGCUCUAGAUGAUGUGCUCAAGGAUGACAAGAUGGGCCUCAGGUUCUUGGGUACCAAGUAUCUGGAGGUGACGCUGAGUGGCAUGGACUGGACCUGCCCCUGCCCCAAUGUGACAGUGGGUGAUGGCCCACUGGUUAUUAUGGGUGAAGUGCGAGACGGUGUGGCUGUCCUGGACGCUGGCAGCUAUGUCCGCAUUGCCAGCGAGAAGCGCAUCAAGAAGAUCUCAGAGCUGCUAGAGAAAAGGGCCUGCGAGUUGCUCAACCGCUUCCAGGACUAGCCCCACCUACCUAUCCCUGCCAUCCAGUCCUCC